CGCCCCUCAACCCGCAGGUUCGCCAGCCCGCGGCGCCGCCGGGCAGCUCCUCCUCCUCUCCGCCCCGCCGGCCACGGGCGCGGAGGACGUCAGCGCUGCCAGCUUGGAAACAGCGGCGGGGCGCGGGAGGAGGAAGUAGCGCCCGGGACCGCUGGGCCACCACCGGCAGCCUCAGCCAUGAACACGUCCCUGGAGAAGAUAGCAGACCCCACGUUAGCUGAAAUGGGAAAAAACUUGAAGGAGGCAAUGAAGAUGCUGGAGGACAGAGAAGAACAGAAGAGGAAAAUGGAAAGAAGCUCAUAUCCGGAGAUAUUCCAGGCCCACUCCAGGGCAGUGGACAAGAUAUGGUGAGCAUCCUCCAGUUAGUUCAGAAUCUGAUGCAUGGAGAUGAAGAUGAGGAGCCCCAGAGCCCCAGAAUCCAAAAUAUUGGAGAACAAGGUCAUAUGGCUUUGCUGGGACAUAGUCUGGGAGCUUAUAUUUCAACUCUGGACAAAGAGAAACUGAGAAAACUUACAACUAGGAUACUUUCAGAUACCACCUUGUGGCUAUGCAGAAUUUUCAGAUAUGAAAAUGGCUGUGCUUAUUUCCAUGAAGAGGAAAGAGAAGGACUUGCAAAGAUAUGUAGGCUUGCCAUUCAUUCUCGAUAUGAAGACUUCGUAGUGGAUGGCUUCAAUGUGUUAUAUAACAAGAAGCCUGUCAUAUAUCUUAGUGCUGCUGCUAGACCUGGCCUGGGCCAAUACCUUUGUAAUCAGCUCGGCUUGCCCUUCCCCUGCUUGUGCCGUGUACCCUGUAACACUAUGUUUGGAUCCCAGCAUCAGAUGGAUGUUGCCUUCCUGGAGAAAAUGAUUAAAGAUGACAUAGAGCGUGGAAGACUGCCCCUGUUGCUUGUCGCAAAUGCAGAAACUGACCAAGAAGAGUGGUAGAAAAUGCAAGAUCAGCUACCCAAAAAGGCUCCAAACUCUGCAACCACCCUUGGAAUCGUGUAAGAAAUUGUGAAAGGGUAGGGGGGAAGAAAAACACCAAAAAAUCCAAAUUAAAAAAAUAUAAGAGCCUUGUUUUAACAGGUACCUGGUUUUCAAGCAGCAUACCCUAAAACAUGUCCUAUAUCAUAAACUUAAUACUGUUAAACAUGCUGAUUGAUCACGAUUAAUCAAUACCUCUUUAAUACCUCUUUAAUUUCUGCAGAAAUGAACAUGUAAAUGUUAUUUCCUUACUUUUUCACUAAAUUUCAUAUCUAUAUUGUCACUACACAUGACUUAAGACUAAAAUGCCACAAUCUGCCAUUGGCCUGGCUAAUUCCAGGGCCACAUCUAACCACCAGAGGUGUAUACUCUCAUCUCUUCAGUGAAAAUGAAACAGAGCACUACCACCUGAAUAUUCUAUUUUCAAAAGUUUAUCACACCAAGUAAGUUAUGAGAAACUAUGACACAUGAAACAAGCUGAAAUGUGCAAAUGAGCCAAGCUAGUCAUUCACUUAACUCCAAAAAAAGGGAAACAAAACCAUUUCUCAUUUAUGACAAUUCUCCAAAUUAAUCCUGUAUUUCCUUUUUUAAAAAAAAACCAGAAAAACAAUAAAAAGUUACAAAUAACUUGGAUCUUCCAUUGUCCACUUCAGGGUAUUGCCACUACCAUAUAUUCUUACCAUAUAUUUUCCUACCAGUACAAACUACAAAUAACUUGGGUAAGUCUUGUCUGUACUUACUCUACCCACCUACUAGUAAUUUCCUCUGAAAAGAUAUAUUUAGCUAACACGUAAUGUUCAUCCAAAUAAAACAUUUCUCUGACUUAGUUUUCUUGCAUUAUUAAAGAAAUGGUAUUGAUAGAUGGUCACUGGGGGACCACUGCUCCUCCCCAACAGUAUUUAAAUAACUGGUAUAGGCUGCAAGACUUACCAGAGACCUGCUGCGUGAGCGAAGGUUUCUGAGUAUGAUCUAUAUGCCAUCCAACUAAUAUAUCAACUGCAUCCUUGAUGGAAACAGAGAGAGAGCGGGCUGAUCAUUUUAAGGUAUUACUGCCAUUCACCUGUGGACCAUUUCAUAGUAAAAGAUUCUAAAAGGAGCAUCUAUGUUCUACCUACUUGACAUUCUAGAAACUUAGAAAGGGGAGAGGGGCAGGAAAAUAAGAAAACUACAUUUCUGACAACAAUGAAAUAGUUCAUUUUCUUCAAAUAUUUUAAGGUAUGAAUGUCAGAAAGAAAAAUGUGGCAUUCAACCCUGGAACCUGAAAUAUCACUGAUUUUAUCCAAAGGAG